ACCUCAUUCUAUUCGCUCCCUUCCCUCCCUCCCUCUCUCCCCGGACUACAUAAUAUAUGCUGUCGCAAUUGCGCACCGCCGUUGUUCCUCCUCCUCCACCAUCUGCACACCAAUUCACGCGUCACCCAAGACCUCCACCGUCACAGACCGUCCCCGGCUCACACUUAUCACCGCUUGCUCCCGCGCCCCCACUACAACUUCUGGUCAACGGUCACGCAAACGGCGCGUUGAGUAACAAUUGGACGAGCGUCAAUCACGACCCAUACAUACCGUUUCCCCACCACUCCGGCGCAAUGGCAGGCGGACCUCCUUGGACGGAUGCGGAAAAGAUCCAACUCUUGGUUGAAAUCCUUAAGGACUGCGAGGUCGUCGCGCCGAAUUGGCGCAACAUCAGAGUCCCUUCUGGGCGCACGAGUCUUCAGGCACAACAGAUUUUCGCCCUCCUCACCACAUCCCCGGAUAACUCACCGGCAGCUUCCCCGACAGCUGUCUCGGCCCCCCCGCCGCCGCCGCCGCCUCCAGUGCAGCAGCAGCCGCCACCGCAACCGACAGCUGCCCCAACCCGUAAACGCUCGAAUCCCUCGCAGAAUCCCAAUGCCCCUAAGCGCAAACGAGGCAGACCGUCCAAAGCAGAUAUCGCGCUACGAGAGCAAUCGCAGGGUGGAACCUCUACUGCGACAUGGCAGCCACAGAUGUACACGCCCGACCAAGGUCGCGGAGGAGUUUCGUUGCUCGCGGCUGCCGUAGGAGGUGCCGCCGGUUCCCAACAGGGCUCGAUACAGCAGCAGCUGAGCCAGUUGCCGCCAUUGAAGAAGAAGAGGGGUCGACCCACGAAGGCGGAAAUGGAGGCUAGGCGCGAGAGGGAGAGACUGGAGAUUUUGGCCGCUCAGAGAGUACACGGUGGAGACCUCCCGGCGGAUGUCGAGGAACAGGAACGACAGAAGCUCGAAACGGAGGAAGGACAGACACGCAGGCUCGGCAACGAAUUGGAAGCAGAGCUGGCCGCUGCACAAGCCUUGGAUAUCGAGGAUGAUGAUAGCGAAGAGGGCGGCGCCGAUUCCCCGGAUACGGAGGAUUGAUCGCCGGCCAACCGGGUCACUUACUCGUCUAGCAUACGGGUCCCAAUGGCAGUAGCUCGCGUGGCAGAAACGUUCCUAUAAUUCGACCUUUUUCUUUUUUUCUUUUUUUUCUUUUUUCCUUUUUUCAUUCCUCUUCGCAUUCCACUUCUACGACGAAUGGUAG